AAGUGGGCGGAGCUUCUUGUGUCAGUAGCUAGCAAACACUCGACAAUGGGUCAGAAUCAGAGUGGUGGACAUGGACCCGGAGGAGGAAAGAAAGAUGACAAAGACAAGAAAAAGAAAUACGAACCCCCGAUCCCCACAAGAGUUGGAAAGAAGAAGAAAAAGACGAAAGGACCAGAUGCUGCAAGCAAGCUGCCACUGGUCACUCCACAUACACAAUGCAGAUUAAAGCUGCUAAAGCAGGAGAGGAUUAAAGACUAUUUGCUAAUGGAGGAGGAAUUCAUCAGGAAUCAAGAACAAAUGAAGCCACUUGAGGAAAAACAGGAGGAAGAGAGGUCCAAGGUCGAUGACCUGAGAGGAACUCCUAUGUCAGUAGGAACUCUUGAAGAGAUAAUUGAUGAUAACCACGCCAUAGUGUCCACAUCAGUGGGAUCGGAGCAUUAUGUCAGUAUCCUGUCCUUUGUGGAUAAAGACCUUCUGGAGCCUGGCUGCUCUGUCUUACUUAACCACAAGGUGCAUGCAGUGAUUGGUGUGCUGAUGGAUGACACAGAUCCUCUGGUGACUGUGAUGAAAGUAGAAAAGGCUCCUCAGGAGACUUACGCAGACAUAGGAGGCUUGGACAGCCAGAUUCAAGAAAUCAAGGAGUCUGUUGAGCUUCCUCUUACACACCCUGAGUAUUAUGAGGAGAUGGGAAUAAAACCUCCUAAAGGAGUCAUUCUUUAUGGUCCACCUGGGACAGGUAAGACUCUACUGGCUAAAGCUGUUGCCAAUCAGACAUCUGCCACGUUUCUAAGGGUGGUUGGCUCUGAGCUGAUUCAGAAAUACCUGGGUGACGGUCCCAAACUGGUUCGAGAGCUUUUCAGAGUUGCAGAGGAGCAUGCUCCCUCCAUAGUCUUCAUUGAUGAGAUUGAUGCCAUAGGUACAAAGAGGUAUGACUCAAACUCUGGUGGAGAGAGGGAGAUUCAGAGGACCAUGCUGGAGCUCCUGAAUCAGCUGGAUGGGUUUGACUCCCGUGGUGAUGUUAAAGUUAUAAUGGCCACCAACCGGAUAGAGACCCUUGAUCCUGCUCUUAUCCGUCCAGGUAGAAUUGACCGUAAGAUCGAGUUCCCGCUGCCUGAUGAGAAAACGAAGCGUAGAAUCUUCCAGAUUCACACCAGCAGGAUGACUUUGGCGGAUGAUGUAACCUUGGAUGACCUCAUAUUGGCUAAAGAUGAUCUGUCAGGCGCUGACAUAAAGGCCAUUUGCACAGAGGCAGGGCUUAUGGCCCUAAGAGAGAGGAGGAUGAAGGUGACAAAUGAGGAUUUCAAGAAGUCCAAAGAAAAUGUGCUGUAUAAGAAACAGGAAGGAACUCCAGAGGGUCUCUAUCUUUAACCCAGAAAUGGCCAAACCUGAACCCAUCCAUGUUGAAAGUACACCUUUUUUAUGUUCUACCUUCUGUUUAAGCUGGCUGUCAUUUCUGCUUACUGCAAAUAAUUAAAAAUGAUUACAUUCAAA